AUGGCACAGGAAGGCGCUCUCCGGGGUCCCACCCUCUCCUUGAGCCGGACGUCUGCCCAGCCAGGGGACUCCGUGCAGCUCCUGUGCUCCGUGUUCUUCAAGGUCCCAGCCACCCGCAUCAUCUUCUGUAAGGACGGGGAGGAGGUUUCAUCCCAGAAGGGUCUGGAGAAGAAGGCCGUCUACAACUAUCACUAUGCAGUGUCCAGGGACAGCUCAGGGAAUUACUCCUGCGGAUACGAAAUCAAAGACAGUGACAACCAGGUGACCAGAUCCCUGCUCAGCCCUUCCCAGCACCUCAGUGUCACUGGUGAUGACUCCAGCAGCAGCGGUGUCGGGGGUUCAGCCCCACAAGGUUUAGUCCUGUUGGGAAUUACAAUCCCUGCUGUCCUGGUUCUGGCUGUGGUGCUUUAUCUGCUGGGAAAGAAAGUUGCUUCUCUACUGAGGGAUCAAAGGGAACAAGCCCAGCACGGCACCAGCAACACUCCUGAAGAUCAUAUUGAAUAUGCUUCGGUGAAUUGGGUGGGAAGCACCAAGCAUCCACGGCCCCAGAGAGAAGAGACACCGACAUACGCGACCAUCGGUCUGCAGCGGGACAGAUGUCAUUAAUGCUCCACUUGCUGAAGUGUAGGACUCGUCAGUGUGCAGUCACAUCACA